AUGAAGCACCUCGCCGCUUACCUCCUUCUCGGCCUCGGCGGCAACGCCUCCCCUUCGGCCGCCGAUAUCAAGGCUGUCCUCGAGUCCGUUGGCAUCGAGGCUGAUGAUGAGCGUCUCGAGAAGCUGCUCUCUGAGCUCGAGGGCAAGGACAUCAACCAGCUCAUUGCUGAGGGUUCCUCCAAGCUCGCCUCCGUCCCGUCCGGCGGUGCUGGCGGUGCUGUCGCUGCUGGUGGCGCUGCUGCCGGCGGUGCCGCCGCUGAGGCUCCUAAGGAGGAAGAGAAGAAGGAGGAGGAGAAGGAGGAGUCCGACGAGGACAUGGGCUUCGGUCUCUUCGAUUAA